GUGCCCUCCUUAAAUAUUAAGAAAAUUUCUGAACAGAUACAGAAGUCAUUAGUUACAAAGAACGUCCAUGAGUACAUAACUAUAUUCAACAAUCAUCAAUAUUUUGCCUAUUGAUUUCACCUAACCAUUCCUCCCUUCCUUUUUUCCCUGAGUAUUCGAAAGGAAAUCCCCAACAUCAAGUCAUUUUAUCCAGAAAUACUUCAAAAGGCUUCUCUAAAGAAUACGAACAUUGCACUUAUAAUCAACAAAACUCACAAUUCCUUAAGAUCUUCUAAUAUGCUAUCCUCAAGUUUUUCUUGAUAGUCCAUAAAAUCUCUUUUCCUAAUGCUUUAUUUGAAUCAGAAAAGGUAGCAUAAAAUAUGCAACAUACUACAUACCAUAUACCAUGUACUACGUACCAUGUAGGAGCAUUCUGUACCUGGCUCUUUACACCUGACAGCAUACCUGGAUAUCACUCCAUGUCAGCAUGUGGGGGUUUUCCUCAUCCUGUCUUCAUCUGCAGAAGGUUCCAUCUUGUGAAUGUACUGUAUUCCAUUCAACAAGUCCUGUAUUGAUGAAUAAGCUGGUUAUUGCCCAUCUUUUGGUACCACAAAAAUUACAAAAAUGACUACAGCAAAUAAUCUUUUGCAUGAGCCACUUUGUGUCUUUGCAGAUAUCUAUUUGGUCAAGAUCACUAGAAGAGAGAUUGCUGUUCAAAGGAUAAAUGUAAUUUUGCUAGUCGAUCAAAUUACCAACUCUGUUAGGAAUUUAUAUUGUUUCUCUCAUCAGAAAGAAGCCAACAGCACAUAUAACUGUGAAAAUUUAGGUCUCGCGGGAGUUCCUGACACUCUACCAAAUACAACAGAAUUUUUGGAAUUUGGCUUUAAUUUCCUACCUACACUUGAAAAUACAACUUUCAGCAGACUUGUAGAUCUGAUCUUCUUGGAUUUAACCAGGUGCCAGAUUAACUGGGUACAUGAAGAUACUUUUCAAAACCAUCAUCAAUUGAACACAAUUGUGCUGACUGGAAAUCCUCUGAUAUUCAUGGCAGAAACCUCUCUUAAUGGGCCCAUGUCACUGCAGCAUCUUUUCCUAAUCCAAACAGGAAUAUCCAAUCUCGAGUUUAUCCCAAGUCAGAAUCUGGAAAACUUGGAAAGCUUGUAUCUUGGAAGCAACCAUAUUUCCUCCAUUAAGUUCCCAGAAAACUUCCCAACCCAGAAUCUGAAAGUUCUGGAUUUUCAGAAUAAUGCUAUACACUACCUCUCUAGUGAAGACUUGCAUGCUCUGGAGAAGACCACCAACCUAAGCCUUAAUUUCAAUGGCAAUGACAUUAAAGGCAUUGAGGCUGGAGCUUUCCGUUCAAAAAUCUUCCAAAGUUUGAAUUUUGGAGGGACUCUUAACUUGUCUGUUGUAUUAAAAGGUCUACAGAACUCCUCUAUUCAGUCUCUCUGGCUGGGGUCAUAUGAGGACACGGAUGACCAAGACCUUACUUCAGCCAUGUUUGAUGGACUUUGUGAAAUGUCUGUUGAAAGCAUCAAUCUGCAGAAGCAAUAUAUCUCUGAUAUCUCAUCUACUACAUUUCGGUGCUUCACUCAACUCCAGGAAUUGGAUCUGACAGCAAAUCACUUAAAUGAGCUCCCCUCUGGGAUCAAGGGGAUGAAGGCUCUCAAGAAAUUAGUUCUCAAUGUAAACAUAUUUGACCAAUUGUGUCAAAUCAGUGCUGCCAGUUUUCCAUCCCUUCUAGACCUCUCUAUCAAAGGCAACAAGAAGAAACUUGACCUCGGUGUCGGCUGUUUGGAAAAACUAGAAAAUCUUCAGAAACUUGAUUUAAGCCACAGUGAUAUAGAGGCUUCUGACUGCUGCAAUCUUCAACUCAAAAACCUGUCCCACUUACAAUACCUAAACCUGAGCUACAAUGAGCCUCUUGGACUCCAGAGUCAGGCGUUCAAAGAAUGUCCUCGGCUAGAAGGUCUAGAUUUGGCAUUUACUCGCUGGUAUGUUAAGGGUCCACAAAGUCCUUUCCAAAACCUCCAUAUCCUACAGGUUCUGAAUCUUUCUCACUGUCUCCUGGAUACCAGCAAUCAGCAUCUUCUAACAGGUCUGGUGGAUCUCCGCCAUCUAAAUUUACAGGGGAAUCACUUUCAAGAUGGGAGUAUCUCAAAGACCAACCUACUUCAGACCUUGAGGAGCUUGGAGAUUCUUAUUUUAUCCUCCUGUGACCUCCUCUCCAUAGACAAGCAAGCAUUCCAGAGCCUUGGGAAAUUGAGUCACGUUGACUUAAGCUACAACAACCUGAUGGGCAAUAGUAUUGAUGCUCUUAGUCAUCUUCAGGGAAUCUACCUCAAUAUGGCCGCCAAUAACAUUCAAGUCAUCCCAUCUCAUCUCCUCCUCACCUUGUCCCAGCAGAGCACCAUUAAUUUAAGUCACAAUCCCCUGGACUGCACUUGUUCGAAUAUUCAUUUUAUAACAUGGUACAAAGAAAACCUACAGAAAUUUGAGGGCUCAGAGGACACCAAGUGCGCAAACCCCCCGUCUUUAAAGGGAGUUAAGCUGUCUGAUGUCAAACUGUCUUGUGGGAUUACGGCCAUGGGCAUUUUCUUUCUUGUAGUAUUUUUAUUCUUGAUUGCCCUUCUGCUCAUUUUUUCGGUUAAAUUCCUUCUGAGGUGGAAAUACCAGCACAUUUAAUGCUGAACGCUUCUAGAGAUGUCAAGUCAAUAUGUUUAUGAAAAUGCCUGAAGAAAGGGAAGAGUUGUCUGUUCCUUUUCAGCCUCGCAGACUUCUCGGACUGGUUCCUGUAGCUGGGCAGGGAUUCACUGUGCUUCUCUGAGUCCUAGAGCUAAUGAACCUUCCUGAAACUUAAACUGACUAGGGCUAGGGGGCCCAACAACAGCUGUGAGAGACCCAGAGCCAUUUCUUCACAUGGAAGGUGGUUGGAGGACCCUUGGCAGGGAAAGGCCAGGAGAGGAAUGCACAGGAAGCCAUCUCCCUUCUGGUUGUGGACACCCCUCGAAGCAGCUCCUACCAUGACUCUAAGAGGAAAUCAACUCCUCCAACUAGGCAGUGUGGACAGAGUUUGGCAGCCCAAACUCUGUCUCCCACAGCUUGGACAUCAUGCUUGGCUCUGAAUCCUCAGUAAAGCAUAUUUACUUGAAAAAUGUGUUGAGGAUAAAGUCUCAAAGCUUAUUUUAAAUGGAAAAGGGGAUACACAGCGAAUUUAAAAGAAGAGGCCGAGAAAUGAAUCUGACCUAAAAUCAACCUCACUGAUCUCUUUAAUCCUUGGGUUUAAGCCUUCUACAAAGCAGCUAGGGUGUAAAUAGCUACCAAAAAAAAAAAAAAAAAAAAAAAAAAAAUCACCCCCACUAGCCCCCCAGCCCCCAACAUCUAGGAGUUUUGCUCCAUUGGCCACCCUCUCUUCAGAACCCCAGAAGCUCCUUCUACCUAUCUGGGGCACUUGCUCUUAUGUUAUAAAUCCUACCUUACACAUGGGCUGUGGUCCAAGUGAUCUUCUCAUUUGGAUGUCUGGUCCUUAGAAGCUUCUUUCCCACAGGAGCUAUGAAAUAAAUAGUGCUUUGGUUGCCAGGCCA